CAUUCAAAUCCUGGCGUCCUGCUCCUUGCUUUAGUUCUUUAGCUGCAACUCCAGAGACCAUUCCCCAGAGUUUACGUUCUCCGUCACUCUGCCGUUUCCCUUCAUCAUCGCAUCCAGCACACGCAUGCAACAGCUAUGCAGUCCGAUCGACGACCCAACGGAGGCAUGGCACGCGCGCGCUCGGCCUCCUUUGAGCGCGUCAGCGCCGUCGUCCGCGCUCUCGCACGGCCCCAAGAAGAUCCAGAGCCGGAGACGCCGCGAGAAUUGACCGCUUCGCCGUCGCCGUCGCCGUCGCCGUCACCGUCGUGUUCGCCAUCACCCAACUCGCAUAGCGGCGAGGGGCCGGCCACAGCUGACGGGCUGGGGAUCGCCAUCAAACCCGACUCGGGUCAUGUUGAGUCGGAGAUAAGAAGGCGCUGGCAUCCAAUCGAUCAGCAGUCCCUACGCUCGCCCUCAGCAGCAGCCGAUGACGAAGCAGAGUGGCAGCAGGGAAACGGGUUGACGCAGGCGGAGAAGGAAGCGGGUCGAGCCCGGCGGCAGGAACUCAAAGCCGGCAGUGGCACGAAGACCCGGCGAAAGACCAAAGGUGGCAGUGCCGGGCGGCGACGCGGCAGUCGCGACUUGGGCAACAUCAAGCGCAAAACUGUCAAGCCCGCAAAGAGCUGGGAGAUUCCACGCAAGAUCUUUCACUCUAGUAUCGGAUUUCUCGUCCUCUAUCUAUACCUAUGCCACCACCCGCUCGAUAAGAUUGUCACGGGCCUCACCCGCUUUCUCGGGGUCGUCGUUACCGCCGACGUUAUCCGUCUCAACUGGCCCGCUUUCGAGCGCAUCUAUGAGAGCGUGCUAGGCUUCUUGAUGCGUGAAAGCGAAAAGAAGCAGGUAAACGGCGUAGUAUGGUACUUAGUCGGCGUCAUCACCAGCCUGCAGAUGUUCCCAGCUGAUGUCGCGUGUGUCUCCAUCAUGAUCCUGUCGUGGUGCGACACUUCUGCCUCCGUCUUCGGGCGCCUCUUUGGCAGGCACACGUCCGCUUUGCCAUCGCCUCCAUUUGCAGCGCGCAAGUCACUCGCUGGCUUCCUCGCCGCAGUCAUAUCCGGCUCGCUCACCGCAUUCGCAUUCUGGGGAACAUCCGUCGCUUUUCGCGGGGAACGCGCCGACGGGCUCAGCUGGGCUCCCGACCGGCCCGCCAUCUUUGGCACGGCCAACGCACCAGGCCCGCACGGUACUGGCUGGUCAAUCCUUGCACACGGGAUUUCGGGUCGCAAGUGGUGGGACGCCGGGUUGGGCACCAGCAAAGGCUCAUCAUCCACGUCGUUUGCCUUCCCUGGCAAUGCGGUCGCCGCUGCAGUCGGCAGGGUUGGCAGCACUGCAGCACCUGCAACGCCACGAUGGCUUUCCGCUUCUUCGGUACCUGCUAUGCCGCUCUGGUUGCUCUGUGCAGGUAGCGGCCUCGUCGCUGGCGUGGCUGAAGGCCUCGAGCUUGGUGGGAUCGACGACAACCUUAGUCUGCCAAUUCUGUCAGCCACAGGUAUCUGGGGCCUUUUGUGGGCCUGGGGGAGGGUGGUCACGUGUUGGGUUCGUUGAAAAUCCAAAUAGAUGCUACUUCAGAUACUAUAUCCCCGUCUAGCAUUUAAUGUAAGUCGCAACAAGAUUGUAUUGUAUUAUAUCGCUAAACAACACUGGACCGAAAGAGGUUGCGAGAGACACGCUGAUAUAUUGCCUAGAAUCUCAAGUCUGGAUCUGUUCAAAGUCAAAGAUGCGCGCAUCUCGCUCCCAUGUAUACAUGUGCUGACGAAUGGAGCCGCCGAUUCAACACCACGAAGUCCUGCUCAUAUGCCAAUUCAAGCUCUAGAAAGCACGAGCAUGAACUUCCAGAUCAUUUUGCACUCGGCUGUAGCCAGGCUGUUUCGCCUGCCGUCUGCGUCUGACCCACACUCAAAUGAACAGAAGCAUCACUACCAGAAGC